AUGUCUGUCAUGUUAGACGGAAGUGCUCGUACGUCUUCUAUCAGCGUGUUGUUAUUACCGUUAGCAGGCGACAUCUCAGAACCUCGUCAAGUACCGCUCGUUUUCUUCCUACUGGCUCUUGGUUUCCUCUACACAAUCAUCCGGGACACCCGACCCGGCUCCCCCUUCCAUCGUUCCUCUUUUCCCGCUUCGUUAAAUACCCCCUCACCGCCGGACUGGAGUUAGCCUGUUAGCUUAGUGUCAGCUAGCCGGUGCAAUGUGGACCACAUAACGCAGUAACGUUACGUCACGAUAAGGGUCAUUGCGUCACUCAUGGCCGCUCGGCAUCCCUUCACGGACACGGACACCGCCGACGAGGCCGUGAGGGCCACCUGUGACGAUGCAACCAUUUGCAAAAGGUUUGCUUCCAGUAAAGGCUACUGGAAGGACCCCUACAUCCAGUACUUCGUGAGAUCAGUCGGGGAGCGGAAGGCCCCCGAAAUCAACCGAGGUUACUAUGCACGCGUUCAAGGAGUUCACCAUCUCCUGGAUGCAUUCAUAAGGAAAGCAGAGUGUGAAUGUCAAGUCAUCAACCUGGGGGCCGGACUGGACACCACGUUCUGGAGACUCAAGGAUAAGAACCUCAUGCCACGGAAGUUCUUUGAAGUUGACUUUCCAACCGUCGUGGCUCGGAAGAUACACAACAUCAAGACAAAGCUGCCGCUGUCCAAACCUCUCAUCGAAACCCACUCAACAGAUUCCUUACUACUUGAUGCCCACAGCCUCGACUCGGACCGGUACUGCAUCAUCGGGGCGGACCUCCGGGACGUCUCCAGUCUGGACGACAAACUGAAGAAGUUCCAGCUGAAUCCAGAAUUACCUACGUUGCUCCUGUCGGAGUGUGUGCUGGUCUACAUGACGCCCUCCCAGUCCUCCAACGUGGUCCGCUGGGCUGCGGAGACCUUCCACACCGCCAUGUUCAUCAACUACGAACAGGUGAACAUGGGCGAUCGCUUCGGCCAGGUGAUGGUGGAGAACCUUCAGCGUCGCCAGUGCAGCUUGGCAGGAGUGGAGGCGUGUCGCUCUCUGGACUCUCAGAAGGAGCGUUUCCUGAAGACGGGCUGGGAGCACGCGGACGCUCUGGACAUGAUGGCGGUGUACAGUAGGCUGCCCCACGCCGACAUGGAAAGAAUUGAGAGUCUGGAGUUCCUGGAUGAGAAGGAGCUGCUGCAACAACUGCUGCAGCACUACAGCAUCUGCUGGGCCUCCAAAGACAAGCUCAACCUGGGUCUGUCACAGUUGGCCUUUUGAGGGUGAAACUCCAGCGAUGGACGUGCUGCACACUCGUCAACGCCAUCAAAGUCCAUCGAAGAUGGGCCUGUGAAGAAGAAGUUGGUGGUGGGGGGGAGGAGCUUCCUGUGUUACCUCACGAUGCGAUGAGUACCUGGAGGCUUCGUGCUGCACGUCGGCACCGAGGAACCAACCACGAGUUGGUCUUCGUUCAUUCGCUUACAGACAAUUUGCACUUAAACAGAAAUAUGAUUUCAAAGUCUGUUUUACUGUUUUUUUUAUGUGCCGCUCCUUUUUUUACACAGCGCUCACACAUGCAUGUGAUAGAGCUGGUUUAAAACUGGACAAAACUACUGCUUCAUUUACAUUUACCCAUCAAUGUGUGAUAUUAUUAUUAAGCCUGGUUUUCAACCAGCAAAGAGGACAAAGUGUGUAAUAGAUUACAUUCAAUGAUCGAUGUGCAGGAGGAGUUGAAUAAAAAUCUUCAUUUUGGUGACCUUG